ACCUGAUGGUUCAUUCAUCAAUUAUCAUUGUCUUCUCCUAUUUCCACUUCGGUUUUACUUUCAAGUCAAACUGCACCUGUUGACUCUGUAAUGUCGUGGUAGCUUCGGUCUGAACGAAUACUGGGAUUUCACACAGAGUGGCUGUCUCAUAAAUAUUCUAUAAGAUUUUCUGGUGGUAUUGGUAGUAUUUAAGAAGAAGUGUGUGAAGAUCUGAAAGCUCAGAUUUGUUUGUUUUGUCAAUGGCGGAGGAGAGGAAGAGCUUCGUCAGAAUUAGUGCUCUGCUAUGGGCAGAUGUACUGGUGGCUUACGCCCUCUUCGUCAUGCAAAACUAUCUCACCGAUGUGUGGGGGCUCAGCUUGAUCAACGCCGCCCUCAUCUUGAACAUCUGGAACGGAGUUUAUCGGGUUUUACCACUCUUCUUCCUCUACUUGGUCGACAAAUAUCUCGGCCAUCUGAAGCUUCUUGUCUUCACUAGCUUAGCCUAUGCUGCAGGGAUCACCAUGGUGGCUGUGUCGACUCCUCCCCUCGCACACGCAACUGGCACGUGUAAACGGUACGAGCCAGAAUGCGUGGGCCGCGCUCAGAAGGGCAUCCUUAUUGCAGGCUUGGCCUUGAUUGCUGUUGGAGUGGCCGGUAACCUCGUCUCUCUGUUGCCUUACCUUAUAUGGAAGAGGCAGAGCGACGGAACUAGCUCUGGCCAAGGUGUAGACUUUUAUCAGAUAGCUGGCCUAAUUGGGGUGGUGGUUGUGCCUAUAGCCGGAGCCGUCGCUCUUCCAUACAUCAGACCGCCAACUCUCAAGUUUGGGAUCCCGGCCAUCUGCAGCGUCGUCGGCACCUUCCUUUUCCUCACCGGUUACUCCAAAUACACGGACGCUACUCCCCUGUACAACAGCCCUCUCUUCGACGUCUUCAGAGUGUUUGUAGCGGCCUCACUCAAGUUCUUCCGUUCCUACCCUGUCAGCAACAGGGAUUAUCACGGCCACAAGAUAGGGGAGACGGAAUUCACACCAACCAGGUGCCUCGGGGGGUUGCAUAAGGCCGCCAUAAAAUUGGCCGGUGAAGGAACCCCCACUGGGAAGAGCUGGACGCUCUGCACCGUGGCGCAAGUGGAAGAGGCCAAGAUUGCAGUGCGGAUGGUCCCAAUGUGGAUGACUUUCAUCGUUUGUGGCGUUGUGGCCGCCAUUGGAGACACAUACUUUGUCGAACAAGCGGGCAAGCUCAACCGCAACAUAGGGAUAAUAAAGCUGCCUAUUCAAGUACUUCUACUAGCAAGAAGGUCAACAAAAGAUUGGCUAGGCGGGAUGGUAACGAAACUCCUGAAGAAAUUUAAAGCUGAAUGGGCGCCCUCGUAUGGGAUAGCAGCGGGAAUGGUAUGUUCGAUCCUGUGUUGUAUAAGUGCGGCUUUGGUGGAGAGAAAGAGGCUUGAUGUUGUGAGAAGCGACGGAUUGCUGGACGAGCCGGAUAAGCAGAUCAAGAUGAGUAUUUAUUGGCUGGUUUUCCAGUUCGUUUUGUUAGGAGGAUUAGAAGCUUUUCAGGAGAACAGUGUGAGUGUAUACUACAGAGAUCAGUCGCCUGGAUCAAUCGAAAACUACCUGGUGAACAUCAUUCGAGGGGUGACCGGUUUGGGAUACAUGUGCAGUGCGCUUUCCGUGUAUGUUGUGGGGAAGAUAAGCGAGAAGGGAGGGAGGACAAAUUGGUUUCAGCAUAGCUUGAACCGUAGUCGACUGGACCGGUACUACUGGGUGCUGGCGGGUUUGAGUUCGGUGAACCUGGUCGUGUUUGUGUUUGUGGCGUCGUUUUAUAGGUACAAGAAGCCGGAAGAAGGUAGGAAAACGCCUGACGCGGGUGGUGGUUACAUGGAUGGAUAUACCGAAGGCGAUCAGAAUAGAUCAUGUUGUUGUUUUUGUUGAGAUCAGUAUAACAAACUUCUUCCAUGAUGUGUUUCUUUUGCAAUGUAAUGUAGUAUCAUAUCCUGCCCACA